CCCGGAAGUGCGUUUUCUCUAGCUCUUCGCAGGUCAGCCGAUAUUUGUCAACGUCUCUUCUGGCAAAAAAAGAGCCAUUUUAAAGAGACCAUUCGCGCAUUUUCUAAAGGGCGAAGAAGCCCUUUGCCCGAAGUAGCGUCCCCGUCUUUCUGCGGCGUUUAAAUCCGCGUUGCUGUGGUUACCUACGCUGUGGGCAGGAUGAACGUGACGCUGGCCGUCAAGCAGUAUGUGUCCAGGAUGAUAGAGAGCAGCGGGCCGGGCAUGAAGGUGCUGCUGAUGGACAAAGAGACGACCAGUAUAGUCAGCAUGGUGUACACCCAGUCUGAGAUCCUGCAGAGGGAAGUCUAUCUGUUUGAACGCAUCGACUCUCAGAGCAGAGACAACAUGAAACACCUCAAAGCCAUCUGCUUCCUCAGGCCCACCAAGGAGAACGUGGAGCAUCUCAUUCAGGAGUUGAGAAGACCGAAGUACAGCGUUUACUUCAUAUACUUCAGUAAUGUGAUCAGUAAGAGUGAGAUCAAGGCUCUGGCUGAGGCUGAUGAGCAGGAGGUGGUGGCUGAGGUCCAGGAGUUCUACGGUGACUUCAUUGCUGUUAACCCUCACCUCUUCUCUCUGAACCUGCAGGGCGUGUCCCGGGGUCGUAGCUGGGAGUCCUCCAUGCUGUCCAGGACGACUCAGGGUCUGACCUCAGUGCUGCUGGCCCUGAAGAAAUGUCCCAUGAUCCGCUACCAGCUGUCCUCUGACAUGGCCAAGAGGCUGGCUGAGAGUGUGAAACAAAUCAUCACAAAGGAAUAUGAGUUGUUUGACUUCAGGAAGACGGAGGUUCCUCCUCUGCUGUUGAUCCUGGACCGCAGCGAUGACGCCAUCACCCCACUACUGAACCAGUGGACGUACCAGGCCAUGGUGCAUGAGUUGCUGGGAUUGAAUAACAAUCGUAUUGACCUGUCCAGAGUGCCCGGUGUCAGUAAGGACCUGAGAGAGGUGGUUCUGUCUGCCGAGAACGACGAGUUCUACGCUAACAACCUGUACCUCAACUUUGGGGAGAUCGGCACCAACAUAAAGAGCUUAAUGGAGGACUUUCAGAAGAAAAAACCAAAGGGGCAGCAGAAACUGGAGUCCAUCUCCGACAUGAAGGCAUUUGUGGAUAACUAUCCCCAGUUUAAGAAGAUGUCCGGCACAGUGUCAAAGCAUGUGACCGUGGUGGGAGAACUCUCCCGCCUGGUGUCAGACAGACAGCUGAUGGAGGUGUCAGAGGUGGAGCAGGAACUGGCCUGUCAGAAUGACCACUCCAGUGCCCAGCAGAAUGUGCGGCGGCUGCUGCAGAGCCCCCGUGUGGCAGAGCUGGACGCCGUGCGCCUGGUGAUGCUCUACGCGCUGCGGUACGAGCGCCACAGCAACAGCGUCCUGUCCAGCCUGAUGGAUGAACUCAGCCGGAAGGGCGUUUCUGACAGGCACCGCAAGAUGGUUCAGAGUGUGGUGGAGUAUGGAGGGAAGAGGAUCAGAGGAAGUGACCUCAUCACACCCACCGAUGCUGUUGCCAUCACCAAACAGUUCUUUAAAGGCCUCAAGGGUGUAGAAAAUGUAUACACACAGCACCAGCCUCUGCUCCAUGACACGCUGGACCAACUGAUUAAAGGUCGACUGAAGGACAGUCAGUUCCCCUACCUGGGGGCAAGUACUCUGAGAGACAGGCCCCAGGACAUCAUAGUGUUUGUGAUCGGAGGGGCAACAUAUGAAGAGGCUCUGAGUGUGUACAGCCUGAACCGCACCAUGCCAGGGGUCCGCAUAGUCCUUGGAGGAACCACCAUACACAACACCAAGAGUUUUCUAGAGGAAGUGACAUUAGCGACAAGCCAUGGCACUGCCAGGGCACAACCAGUGGGACGUCACAGCAGCAGGUCAGUCUGGACUGGGGCUCGCAGUUGGUGACUGGAUGGACUCGGCGCUGGACAUGGAUGUCAUCAUAAGGAGUCCACACAGUGGCGAGAUGGAGCACGUUGCCUCAGUUUGUCGAGACGAUGGACUCCGGGUGUCUCGGUGCAGCAGCAUUAAGACACGUGUGAUGUGUCCCCGGGCGAGACGGCAGCCCUUCUGUCACGGCCUGGGGCAAAAACUGUUUUAUUAACCCCGGACCGCCGCUGGAGAAGCAGGAUGUGUGUGUGUGCGUGUGUGUGUGUUGUUGUUGUUGUUGUUGUGUGACAGUGCCACACUGCGUCCGUGGUGUCGGGUUGGAGAACGAUGGAAAGGCAAACCUGUUUGCUGUGGCGGAAGUGUGUUUCAUGAAUGUGAAGUGUGUCUUCGUACCUCUCGUCUUGUUGCUGCCCUGAAGUCCAGCUGUCAACAUGAAUCCAAAUAAACAGUGAGACAUGGAGAACUGGUCUCAUCCGUCUGUCCUCUUCACAUCACAGCAGCACCGACAGACCAAACGGUGUGAACUGCUUUAGAGAUACUGAAUGCUGGUACUGUCCA